AUGGGUACAUUUUACGCUGUUGAUAAACUCUUAACAGUACGACAAUGGAUUUCAGAAUGUUUCUCUGAACCAUGUUCAUUUCGUUUGUAUACUCCGCCUAGUCUACAGUUAGCUGCACGUUUAAAAGUACCACCAACAACACAAGUUGAAUUAAACGAUGAUGAUGCCGGUCUAAGUGAAAUGGGUUUAGCACCUUCCAGUUUAAUUAAUUUGAUCUUUGAAGAGGAUCAUCAACAAAGAAAGACUUCAACUCGUCUACGAGCUGAUUUGAGUCGAUCAAUUGAAACAAUUUAA